AUGGUUGCGCAAACCAAAGUGUUCGUGGGAAGUUUACCUCAGGGCUCCAAGCCCGAAGAUCUAAGGAAGUUAUUCGAAAGGUUCGGUGUCGUAACAGAAUGUGAUAUAAUGAAUAGAUGCGGUUUCGUGCAUAUGCAGACCGAAGAUCAAGCAACUGCGGCAAUUCGCGCCCUACACAAUACAACGUUCAACGGUGGUGUUAUAGCGGUGGAAAGGGGCAGAAUCAAGGAACGCGGGCAGCGAGGUGGUGUCGGAGGCGGCGGUCGUGGAGGCAUGCGCGGUGGAAUGAGAGACCGACGUGGCGGCGGCCCGAUGCGUGGUGGUCCACCCAGGGAUGCGCCAUACCCAUCCAUGAGGGACUCACGACCUAUGGGCCCAAUGCGAGGCGGUGAUAUGAGAGGUCCACCUAUGUCCAUGAGGAAUGGAAUGGGUGGUGGAGCGCCUUACGACCGGGGAAUGGAUCGCGGUCCCAUGGGAGGUUAUGACGACAGGUAUAACGGUUAUGGCGAAGACCGACGUGGCUUUGCGUUAAUGGAUGGUAGGGGAGCGAGAGAUCAAUAUGGGGCACCACCACCGAUGUACCCAGAUGACCGGCGUGGAUAUGGUGCAGUGGACGAAAUACCACCCAUGUAUCCUGAUGACAGGCGAGCUCCUAUGUACCCAGACGAAAGGGAUAUGAUGGACAGACGAGGAGGCAUGAGAGGUGGCCCGAUGCCAAUGGGUACUGGCUAUGAUCGAGCACCGCCCAGAGCUGCACCAAUGGGUAAUGGAGACAUGUACAGCCGAAGGACCCCACCUCCAAUGCGUGGUGGUGGUGGUGCAGCAGGUGGCUAUGACCGUGAUCCCUACGCACAGCAGUAUGCACCUAUGGGCCGGUAA